UAUAUCGGUCGAAUGUCUCAGCGUUCCGAAAGGCCCGGUCGGGCAGCACGUGGGGGGACGACCGAGGAGCCCGCGGCGGGUGGAGGGGUCGGGCGCGGCGGCAGCGCACGGGGGCUUGGCACCGGCACCGGGGGUGGGACGGCCAGGAGGAGACGGAGGAGGGCGAGCAUCACCGGGCGGAUCGUGUAAUCGCUGAGGAUCUGCAAAAUGGCGCUCCGCUUCCGCACCUUGCUGCCCUUUGCCAUCCCUGGAGUGCUGGCGCUCAUCGGGUGGUGGUGGUUUUCUUCACGCAAAAAGGAGCGUGCGAGCAAUCACGACAGGCGAGACUUGGCCAACAUAGAAGAACACAGGAUAGGCUCCCCCAAGAAGGAGCCUUCCGCUAGAGAAGGGGUGCCGUUGAACAGCCAGCCGCCCCUGCCCCCAGAAGCCAAGCAGCCUGCUGAACCAGCCUUUACCGUCGAGUCUUCGGCAAGCCUGCAGGCCCCUUUGGAAAGCGGCGCUCGGCGCUGGGACCCCCCAAGAGACCGUCCUGUCACGGCAAAAACAACCAUUGAAUCCAACAGGGUUCAGGACGACAGUGAAAAACUGGAAGUGACGGGGUGCCGAGAUGUACCUAGAUCCCCCGCACAGGAGCCUUCCCUUCCGGGCGCUCAGAUAGCUGACGAUACCUGUGCUGGUGAAGCUUCUAUCGAGAGGUCACUGGCAGCCACUCGAGUGGCAGACCGGGUGCCAUCGCCAGUCUCGACGGCAGCAGCUCUGCUAGAGAAGUCUUCUAGUUUGGAGAAGUCUGGGGAUAGCGGUUUGGAGGAUGUGGUCCAGGAUGAUGCACCAGAGAAGCCUUUGAAAGAAGGCCUCUGUUCUGUAGCAGCCACCUCCUCAGAUGCGGGUUCUUUGGCCGCCCCAUGCUCCCAAGUGGCAGGUGAUGCGGUUUCUCAACCUUCUGUGGAUGCCACUGGAAAGGAAGAGAUUGGUGGCGGCUGCGCCGGUGCGGCGGCCACAGAGAUGGAAGCGGAGGCUAAAUGCGUCAAACCUGCUAGCGCAGAAUUGGCCCAGAAAGAAGAGACGUCCAGUUCGAACGCUGGUAGUACGUUGAAGCGCCAUGGAUUUGGAGAUGUUGGCUGUAAGGCAGCCACCGAGGAAGUGCUUUCUGGGUCGGUCAGCGACAUGUCAGAUAGGAUCUCUCAGAUGGCCAGCCGGGUUGAGAAGAUCUCCGUGGCAGCUGCCGGCCAGGCAGAGUGCAGCAAGGGCCACGGCUGUGUCGCUGAGAAAGCCGUAGAAGUGACUCCCUUGCUGGAAGAGAACGUAAACCGCCACGCCAUGUACUCAAGCCACUUGACGCACGGCCUCUUGGGAAACCCAAGCCACGGCCUCCCCAGGGACUCCAGAAGCGCUGAGCAGCCUGCCGGCGACCCAGCCGCAAACCACGAGGAUGAGUUGGAAGACGCUCAGACGAUGACGGAAGAUUCCGGCUGCAGCGCCUGCACUUCAGAAGACGGGGCGAGUGCGGAGGACCUCUUGAAAAGCACCUCCUCUCCCGCUUUGGGGCAGCGCCUGGAUUUGCUGAACAUGCCCGCGCUCAAAGACUCGGAACACAAGCUGGCGUCCAGCAAAAAGCCUCCCUCCUCCUCUACGCUAGCAGAGAACAAAGUGCCGUACAGCAACGGAGUGCUGAAGGAAGACUGCCCCCAUCGGAGGCACGACCAGCCGUGGUCGGCGGAAGCAGAUGCAGACAACUCAGGGGGUUCGGAUGUAAAUAGCAUGGAUUCAGUGGACAUUGGCUGUGCCCUCAGAAAUAAGGACAGCUGCCAGAAUUCGAAGACCGGAGCAGAUUCUAAUAAGACAGAGCUUGUUAUCUGGGAGAUAGAGGUACCAAAGCAUUUAGUCGGACGGCUGAUUGGGAAGCAGGGGAGGUACGUGAGCUUCUUGAAACAAACAUCCGGUGCCAAAAUCUACAUUUCCACACUACCUUACACCCAGGACUUCCAGAUCUGCCAUAUAGAAGGCUCUCAGCAAAACGUCGACAAAGCCCUGAGCCUGAUUGGCAAGAAGUUCAAGGACCUGAGCCUCACCAAUAUCUAUGCGCCACCACCUCCACUGCCAGUGCAUUCUCUCCCCAUGACCUCCUGGCUCAUGCUUCCAGAUGGGGUCACGGUGGAAGUGAUCGUGGUCAACCAAAUCAACGCGGGACACUUGUUUGUGCAGCAGCACACGCACCCCACUUACCACGUCCUCCGUAGUCUAGACCAACAGAUGUACCUGUGCUAUUCCCAGCCAGGUAUUCCAACCAUGCCGACACCGGUGGAGGUUGGCGUUGUCUGUGCUGCGCCAGGCAUGGAAGGGGCCUGGUGGCGAGCGCAAGUAAUUGGCUACUUCAAAGACACCACUGAAGUGGAGAUCAGAUACGUGGACUAUGGUGGAUACGAGAGAGUCAAGAUUGACACGCUCAGGCAGAUCAGGUCUGACUUUGUAACACUACCUUUCCAAGGAGCAGAGGUCCUCUUGGACAACGUAGUGCCACUUCCAGAUGACGAUCACUUUUCAUCUGAGGCGGACACAGCUGUUAGUGAAAUGACCAGAGGUACACCUUUGCUUGCACAGGUGACAAAUUAUGACAGUGCAACGGGCUUGCCCUUAAUACAGCUGUGGAGCAUGAUGGGAGAAGAGUUGGUGUCUAUAAACCGAACCUUGGUGGAAAGAGGGUUUGCGCAGUGGAUCGAAAGCUACUAGGAGAGUUCUUGGCUGUCUUCUUGACUAAUCUUUCCUCUCCCAUUCCCUACCUUAUUCCUUCCCCACCCCCUCUUUUUUUGGCACUGUUUCGGAAUUGGGUUUGGCAAUCUUUCCUCCUCCCCGCCCCAGCAUAUGCCACUUCCGCUUUAAGUCUGUUUUGAUGUAUUCAUCCGACGGACAUGGUUUAUUUAUCAUACCUCAUUUUGCAGAAAAGCAAGGAGUUGAACCAUAAGCCAUAAAAACACUGCAGCUUUAAAACGCAGCUCUUUAUUCUGCCCCCCUCUACCCCACCCUGAUCUGGGUCCAAAAGCGAAAUUUAAACAAAACUUUAAUGAAGGGGGAAAAGAAAUGUCUGGGGAGGGUUCUAUAACACUUGUCCUCAGAGGAUUUAAGAUGUGUGUUGAACACAACCCAGUUUUCUAAACUGGCUGCCUUAACAUGAAGGCAACUCUGUGUGGAAGUAAAAUUGUUUUCAGACCUAGCCCCCUCACAGACACAAAAAGAGGGGGGAAACCCUGUGGCGAUUGAUCUGAAUUUUGGGCGCAUGACAUAGACCUGUGCUUCCAAACAGCAAAAGCAAGUCUUCCUCAGCUGUGCUUUGGGAAGCUGAAGGACUGAAUGAACAGAUAGCGCUCAUUAACAGUAUAUUGUUGACUUUUUAAAAUUACAGCUGUUUUCGCAAGAGAUGGAAAACACUGCUUUGCAGACCUCCUUAAAAAUCAUGUGAUUAAGUGAACCACUACAGCUGCAGCUGUCUUAAAUCCCUAGAUCAUGUUUAACAACAACAAAAUUGAUUGCCAAGCCUGAUUGUAAUUCAUAACUGUUUUUCUAGAUGUGCAAAAACCUAUGUAAAUAUAUAUAAAAAAUCAUUGUAAUAUUUUGUACAAGAGAAAAAAAAAAUACUGGAGAACUAAAAAGGGAACUUCAAAGAAAAUCAGUUUUUUUCCUUUUUUGCCACACCAAAAUGUCCUCUGUAGGUAGGAAACGGUUUGGGGCGUGUUGUUGUUGGCAGCUAAGCAUUAGAAGGUCUGAGGAGGAUCCUUCAUAGGCUCUUGUGUACAGGAUGGCUUUUCUCUAGCUUGCUGUAUGGUAGGAACAGUAAUCAAUGGACUCUGCUACUUUUUGCUGUACAGAUCUGACGUAAAGGGGGGAAAGUUAACAUUUGGAAUUAAUAUUGCAGUGGUGUGUCUCAAUUUAUUUCUUUUGCUCCUUUUUAGAUUGGUUUCAAAUGUGGAAUUAAAAAAAAUCAAGUAAUUUAAGCUAAUUUAAUACUAUUAAAAUAUAAAUGAAUCUAAACAUGGCCAUUGAGUUGGGAGUUAUUACUGGUGGGGGAAGGUGCUUGGGACUACUUUUUGUAUUUAGACCACCAACUACAGUUUUUCAGAUUUGCCUUCUCAUAUAAAAUAUCCGGCACAAUUCCUGUUCCUAAGAUAUUGUAGGACACCUUGUAUGUGAAAACAAGUUGAUAACUUUCAACAAUUAAAUGCCUCCAAAUGCAAGGAACUUGUAUUGAAUUGUUUUGGUAAGACGCUUGCCUAUCUCUUCCAAGACUUGAGUCUGUAUUCAAAUGGUCACAUUAGAAGCUGAUUUUGGGCAGCUUCAGAGCUCCUCUAGCAUGGGAGUAGGGAACAUGUAGUCCUUCAGAUGUUGCUCAUCAUCUAACCAUUGGCCAUGCUUGAGUUCAGCAACAUUUGAAGGACUACAAGUUCCCCAUCCCUGCUGUAGAAAGCUGUGUGCAAUUAUCUAGAAAAAUGAGUGUUGGGUGUAGCUGCCUUUUGCAGGAUCCAAUCCAUGUGGGCUUUAGAAUUUGCUUUCUUUCUUAAUAAAAGUUUAAGUGUGUCCAAGGGAAGCUCAGCUGCUAAAUUUGCUUAAAUUUGUUCAGAAGAUCUAGAAUACAUUACCACCGUCACCCCUUGAAUUAUAGCAUACUUUUUUGUUGUUGUUAAGCACUUGGGGAAAUAGUUCUAAUAUGCCUUCAUUUCCACACUUCCUUCUGCUCUGGAUACAAAUGGUAUGAAAAUGGGUAUGCAAAAACAAAACAGUCCUGGGCUGUUUUCUGAGAAUGAUUAAAUUUCAAGCCUUCAUGAAUGCAAAAGUACUCCGGCAGGAAAAUGGACAAGUAACAUUUUUGACCGGUUGUGGGUGCGUCUUCAAUGUCUCAGUAUAUUAAAACUGGGAUAAAAAUAUACAAAAUAAAGAGCAUGGAAACUCCCAUAAAACUACACGGGUUCAAAAAUCUUCGAUGCCGCCCUCUUCCCACCUGUUACCAACAAUGUGUUUUAAAGCCUGUUUGCAAUUUUGAUACAAGGUCAAGCAUCAAAACUUCAGCUGUACAGAGUUCCUUGAUCAUUGAGAGAGCACUGUUGACAAGUGUUCGGAUUUCUGCUUAUAAAAUCUUGUUGCUAAAAACA